CCGCGGCGGCCGCGCAGGCAGCAGCGAGGUACCAUCGAGGCGUCGGGACAGAGCGGCGGCGGGGCCGCGAUGGCGGCGGAGCCGGAGGAGGAGUACGAGUCCGUGCUGUGCGUGAAGCCGGCGGUGCUCGUGUACCGGGUACCGCCGCGGGCCUCCAACCGCGGCUACAGAGCCGCGGAGUGGCAGCUGGACCAGCCGGCCUGGAGCGGGCGCCUGCGGAUCACGGCCAAGGGCAGCACGGCCUUCAUCAAGCUGGAGGACAAGACCUCGGGAGAGCUGUUUGCCCAGGCUCCUGUGGAGCAGUUCCCUGGCAUCGCUGUGGAGAGCGUGACAGACUCCAGCAGAUACUUUGUCAUCCGGAUUGAAGAUGGGAAUGGCCGCCGGGCGUUCAUCGGAGUCGGCUUUGUGGACCGAGGGGACGCCUUUGACUUCAACGUGGCUCUCCAGGACCACUUCAAGUGGGUGAGGCAGCAGAGCGAGCUGGCCCGGCAGGCCCAGGACCUGGAGCAGGGCCCCAAGCUGGAUCUGGGCUUCAAGGAGGGACAAACCAUCAAACUCAACAUCGCUAACAUGAAGAAAAAAGAAGGAGCCCCAGGGAGCACCAGGCCACGUCCUGCAGGGCCUGGGGGCCUGAGCUUGCUCCCACCACCCCCUGGAGGAAAAUCCGGCUCCGGAGAGCGCCCGGCCUCGCUCCCCACGCCCGCCCGGCUCCCGGGAACCCCCAUCACAGAUUCCCUGUUGUCCUGGCCUCAGCCCACUGCUGCUCCGGCUGCUGAUGUCUGGGGAGACUUUGCCAAGGCUUCGGGGUCGGCUUCUAACCAGACUCAGGGGAACACUGGCUGGGUUCAGUUCUGAUCCCGGCCUUGAUCUGCUUUUCCCCUCGUGGGGGCUGGGAUCCUCAGGAUUCCUUUGGGACCAAAGAAGCAGCUUCAGGACACCUCACUCCUGCCCUUAAAUCCCGCCCAGCAUCGAAAUGCUGGGGUAAGUGCUGGAAAGAAACAACCACGUGCCUUAAAACACUCCACAGCCUGUGCCUGCCACACCCAGGGCCUGUUCCUGGAUCAUGGGAGACCUCGGAGGCUUCUCCUUUGGGAAAAACCAUCAGGUCCAUCCCUCUCCUUGAUCAGGAGAGGGAGAGCAAGAGCUUGGAGCCUCCUCAGAGAUUCCCCUGCCUUCUCCUUGUGCUUCUGAGCCGGAUAAAUCCUUCCCUCGGCGAGGAGCAUCCUCCUGGAGACAUCCCACCUCCCAAAUCCAGACAGACCGUUCCCUGCCACGAUGCCAAGCAUCGCCUGGAUUUUUUCCUGAGCACUUAACCGGGAUGUGCGGAGCCUGAUCCUGGCAUUUCCAUGCUGAAAUUCCUCAUUUCUUACUCUGGGAAGUUUGUUUUACUCUUCCUCUAUUUUGAAGACACGAUUUUUUACUGCUUUCCGUGGACAUUUUAUUAAGGACAGAAUGGAGUCGGGCUCUUGGACAGAGCCGGGGUUGAGAUUCCUCUUGAAGCAAAUAAGUAUUUUCUUACCUAUUUAUGUUAAGGCUUUUCCAAGUACGAAAUCCCGCUUCUUUUUAUCCAACCCUUUGGAUUUUCCUUUCCAUUUCCAACCGGAUGACGGGCAUUUUGCUUUCAGAGCUUUCCCCUGGGCCUGGCAGCUGACCCAGGUGAGAAUGUAAUGCUUCCGAGUGAGCAAUAAAAAGGUUUUGAUGCCA